AUGAUCAAUCUCGUUUCGGACGCAGACAAGUCCAACGGCAGCCAUGGCAACGUCAACCACGAGCCCAGAGCAGGCAAACCACCCAAACCGCACCGGUCUAUAUCGUGGUCGCAACUACUGUUGCCAUCGUAUAAGACACGACUCGCGGAGUUCAGGAAACUGUUUGCCAAACACGUGCCCACCAACGAGCGCCUGAUAGCCGACUUUUCCUGCGCACUGCAACGGGAGAUCCUAAUACAGGGCCGACUCUACCUUUCGGUGAACUAUCUGUCAUUUCACGCCAACAUAUUUGGCUGGGAAACCGUGGUGUCCAUCAAAUUGGCCGAGGUCACUGCGCUCACCAAAACUAAUACGAUCCGGGUGAUUCCCAACGCCAUGCAAAUCAUCAUGGACAGCGGCCAGAAGUAUAUAUUCACCUCGUUCGUGGCCCGGGAUAAGGCGUUUAAGCGCGUGUAUAGACUGUGGCAGGACGUCGUGAUUGGCCAGAAAAUGUCCGUCAGUGAGGUCUGGGAACUCAUACAUUAUAACUAUGGCAACGAUCUCGGCGUGCCCUCUGACGAUUCCGAGCCCGAUGAUGACGAGGAGUUAAGUAUUGCGACGAGAAAUAACAUGAACAUUGUUGAGGAGGAGUUGAUUGACGACGACGUGUUUGACGGUAUCGGUCUCGGCCCGCACCGGCGACUUCGGCUCCCUAUGGCGAGUGGUGGUGAUGGUGAACACCAGAAUGUAGUGGAUGAAAAGGUGCUGGAUAGUUUGCGACAAUUGGCCGAUAUAACCACCAGGUUGGUUAGUAGUAAGGCGUUUACUAAACUAGCAUGA